AUGAAGAAUCAAGUAAUCCCCAUAUUUGAUGGAGAGAAGUACGACUUCUGGAGCAUCAAGAUGACAACCAUUCUCAAGACCAGGAAGUUAUGGUCUGUGGUUGAAGAAGGCGUAGCAGCCCCACCAGCACAAGUGGAUGAAACCCCUGAAACAGCAAGGGCAAGAUCGCUUAGAGAAGAAGCGAUGAUGAACGAUACAUUGGCUUUGCAAAUCUUGCAAACUGCUGUAUCGGAUCAUAUAUUCUCACGGAUUGCAGCAGCAUCAACAUCCAAAGAGGCGUGGGAUGCAUUGAAGGAGGAGUAUGAAGGCUCUCCUCAAGUUCGUUUGAUUAAACUUCAAACAUUGCGAAGGGAGUAUGAGAAUCUGAAGAUGUAUGAGAAUGAAGACAUUAAGGUCUUCACAGAUAAGAUAGUUGAAUUGGCAAAUCAAUUAACUUAUCAUGGUGAACAGAAGUCAGAUGUUCAACUCAUACAGAAGAUACUCAUCUCUCUCCCAGCCAAGUUCGAUAGCAUAGUCAGUGUGUUGGAGCAAACAAGCGAUUUGACUUCAACAAAGAUGACAGAGUUGAUCGGGAUCUUGAAGGCUCAUGAAGCAAGGCUGGCUGCAAGAGAAGAAAGCACCAGUGAAGGAGCAUUCGAUGCUCGUGUUAAACACAAAAAUUCUGGUGUUACACAAGACAACUCAAAGCGCCAGGAGGCAAGAAGUGGUGCGGUUUCUGCAAGAGAAACAACCACAAUGAGAGCGAGUGUUGGAGGAAACAGAAGAAGGAAGAUCCAAAGAAGGAUCACAGAAUGCUACUCAAAGAAGAAAGAGAAGGCACAUCUGAGUCUCGAAGAAGAUUCAAAUGAAGAUCACAUGUUGUUCAGUGCGAGCGAAGCAGCAACAACAGUGAUGGAAGAUGUCUGGUUAGUAGACAGUGGAGCAACUAAUCAUAUGACAAAGGAGGAGAGUUACUUCUCAAAGCUUGAUAGGAGUAUCAAGGUUCCAAUAAAGAUUGGAAAUGGAAGCACAGUCAUGACAGCCGGUAAAGGAGACAUUACCGUCAUGACCAAAGGUGGCAAGAAGACCAUCAGAAAUGUAUUCUUGGUUCCGGGUUUGGCAAAAAAUUUGUUGAGUGUUCCACAAAUUGUUUCAAGCGGAUACCGGGUGAGUUUCCAAGAGAAGAGAUGCAUCAUAGAUGAUGCAAAAGGAAGGAGGAUAAUGGAUAUCCCAAUGACUCACAAAAGCUAUCGAAUCAGGAUGAGUUCGGCUCAGGUAGAAGAGGCCUUGAGCGCUAGUGAGCAAUGA